CCUGGGCAUCAUUACAGGAAAUUCAGAUGGAACUGAUGCGGAAAUCUCUACAUGUUGGCUCCUUAGCUUUUGCGGUGGAAGGACAGGUGAAGGAGAAAAGUAGGUGGUGUCAAUAUGCAGAAGAUUUGUCGGAGAAACUUAAGUUGAUGAAGCUAGAGCAUGCCAAGUUGACAGAAGAAGCAUUGGAAUUUAAAAAUUGCCUUGCCGAUAUGAUUAGCAGGAUGGGCACCAUUUUACCUUCCAUGGAUAGUCACAUUAAUCUUGAAAGAAAAUACGAAGAUCUAAAAUUGAGGUUCAUUGAAGAGUCCAAGGAACGGAAGAACUUGUACAACAAAAUGAUUGAACUGAAAGGAAACAUCAGAGUUUUUUGUCGUUGCCGGCCUCUUAGUUCAGAAGAAAUAUCUAGAGGAGAUGAUAUGGCUCUAGAUUUUGAAUCUGCAAAAGACGGUGAGCUCCUUGUUAAAACCAAUGGAGCACUAAAGAAGUCUUUUAAGUUUGAUGCAGUUUUCAGUCCUGAAGAAGAUCAAGAAAGGGUUUUUGAAAAAACUUCACAUCUUGCAACAUCAGUGUUGGAUGGGUACAAUGUCUGCAUAUUUGCUUACGGACAGACUGGAACUGGCAAAACCUUUACCAUGGAAGGAACAGGAGGAGCUCGUGGAGUGAACUUUAGGACCCUUGAGGAACUGUUUCGAGUUGUCAGGGAAAGACAAGGUUUAUUCCAAUAUGAAAUAACCGUAAGUGUUCUGGAGGUGUAUAAUGAACAAAUACAUGAUUUGCUCUUAUCUGGAUCUCAACCUGGAGUUGCUGCAAAGACCUGUAGACUAGAAGUACGACAAGCUUUGGAAGGAGUACAUCAUGUGCCUGGUCUGGUUGAAGCUCGUGUUAACAACUUGAUUGAAGCAUGGGAGGUUUUACAGACAGGCAGUAAAGCGAGAUCUGUUGGAUCCACCAAUUCAAAUGAACAUAGCAGCAGAUCACACUGCAUCCACUAUGUAUUGGUAAGAGGUGAGAAUUUGGUGAAUGGUGAGUGCACCAAAAGUAAAUUGUGGCUUAUUGACCUUGCUGGAAGUGAGAGAAUAACAAAAACUGAUGCUCAAGGGGAGCGUCUGAAAGAGGCACAAUGCAUUAACAAAUCCCUCUCUGCAUUAGGAGAUGUGAUAUAUGCUCUUGCAACCAAAAGUCCUCAUAUUCCUUUCAGGAACUCGAAACUGACUCAUUUACUACAAGACUCACUAGGGGGAGAAUCAAAGACUUUGAUGUUUGUGCAAAUUAGUCCAAGUGAGAAUGAUGUUGGUGAGAGUUUGUGUUCCUUGAAUUUUGCAAGCAGGGUUAGGGGAAUUGAGCUUGGCCUAGCAAAGAAGCAGUUUGACGGCGGUGAACCUUUCAAAAGUAAACAGAUGGUUGAGAAGGCCAAGCAGGAGAUCAAGAACAAAGAAUUACAGAUAAAAAGCUUGGAAGAGAUGAUCUGUUCCGUAGAAUCAAAGAAUAAGGCAAAAGAUCUGCUCAACAGAAAUCUUCAGGAGAAAAUUAAGGAGUUGGAAUCACAACUUCUGAUCGAAAGGAAACUGGCAAGGCAACAUGUUGACUUCAAAAUAGCAGAGAAUCAACAGCAACAGCAAAAACUGCUUGAACAAAAUACUCCAUUAAGUUCUGACUCUCCUCUUUCAGCAAGUAGGCCUCUUAUUGAGAGGAAUCAAAGUAGUCCUGCAAAUCAAAGAAAAACUUUAAAACCCAUCAUAGAGAACAGUCCAGAUCACUCUUCAGUUUCUGUCACAUUCAAACUCCUUAAUUCCAUAAAAGAUAAGGAGAACAAGCCUGAGCUGGCUGAAGAUACACUCCCUGGAAAUGCCAACAGACUCUCUCUUGAAAAUGCGAUGCGCCGUAUGUCCAUGACUCCAACUAACCGCCGUGAUUCUUUGAUUCCACCUCCAGUAGCAAAAGCAGCAGCAUUGGCAUGCUUUCUUCCUCAAUUCCCAUUGACUGUAAUGGAAGCAGGAAAAGAUAAUCCUUCUGAAGGAAGAGGCUGUGAUCAAGGAGGAAAAAGAAGUAACAAGAAAAAUGGCAUACAGAGGAGAAGCCUACAAAAGAAGCUAAUUAUCAGAUCACCAUUGCCUCAGUCCAGUUGCAGAGGCAACGCAACUGGAGAGAAAUUGAGAGUUUCUAUUGGUAGCAGUGGCUGGAGGACAAGAAGAAUACCUGGAAGUGAUGCUAAAAAGACAGAUAAAAUGUUGUCUCAGCAGAAGCGCCAUGUGAAGGAGAAGGAAAGAGGCUGGAAUGUUGGAGUAACUAGGAAUGCAUUUUGAUCUUGGAUCAUAGUUGAACUCAUUUCAAUUAGGCUUCUUAUUAUUAUUUUAUUUUUUAAAGCUUUUGGGCUUCCAAAACAGAAGGAUAUGGAAAUAUAUAUCUACUGGCAUGCACUUGUUUUCUGUUUCUGAAAACAAAGUUUUGCUUCCUGCA